CUUUACUUAAAGAGGAAAACAAAAAAAAGUAAACGCACUUCCCCCAUUUUUAUUGUUAUUGUUUGCAAAUCUUUGUUUGAUUCUUAAUUUUAGAGUGCGUGGUGAUUUUUUUUUUUUUACCUUCUAAUUGCAGAAACUUUUUUUAUGAACUGUGUGAUCUGCGAGUGAUCCAUUUUAGUUUUCCUUUUUGUUUUUUCCACGUUUUGGCUGGCUGCUGUGCUGUUUGUGCAUCAAUUCGGAUUCUGAUUGUGGAUUGUUUCCACUUUGCAGCCAUUAAAUUUCCGUUAUUUUCUCGAUAAAGUUUUUCUUUUUCUUGACACUAAGAUUCUCUCACUGCCCUUGCAUUACCUGGGUCUUGUUAAAGUUAAAACUUUUUGUUUCAUAAUCUCAUUGUUUCCCCUGUUUUUCCCUGCGUUGACCUCUUGGUUUGGUUCCUCCAAAGUUUUGAUUUUUGGUGGAAUUAAGGAGUUGGGGGUGUGAUUUUCAGGCAAAUGGGUCAAAUGGGUUUCUAUCAAAUUCAUAGAUUUCCCUGAAUCUUAGGUUUAUUUAUUUAUUUUUUGUUGUUGUUCUUCUUCGGUCUGUUUCACCAAACGGAACUGGGAGAGCAUCUGGAAGAGCGUUCUUGUUGAUGGAUACUGAGUCCAUCAAGGAUGCUAAUGGGUGCAUGAAGAAGCCUGUGGCUGUGGCUUCUUUAGAUGGUAGAAAGGUUGAAGAUCAUGCUAAUAGAGAAGAUGAUAGUGAUUCCAAUUCUUUGUUGCCACCCCGAAGAGGAGGAAUGUCACGGAAGUCAGAUAAGACAUGUAGGAAAGUGCAAUGGAACGAUAAGAAUGGAAACAAGCUUGUUGAGGUGUUGGAAUACGAGCCAAGUGAUGUCAGUGACUCAGAGGAGGAUGAGGAUGAGGAUUCUUGUAUCUGUUCAAUAAUGUAGAGAUCAUCUUGAUAAGCUGUCUCAAACUUUCUGCUGGACUAAUCACGGGAGCAUUCUUGGGGUGUGUGAAGCCUGAAUUUGAAGUAAAUAUGAUGAAUCGGCAUGUUUGAUCUUUGUUCUGGUUUGGGACCAACUCUCCAAUAACCAAGAAAAGCAGCUCCUAGUGUUUGCCAAUAUUUAUUUGGAUCCAGUUCAGCUUACAGGGUUUUGACAUGAUUUCUUAGGUGGACUUUUGGGAGUUCUCUAUGCAAAUCAAAGUACACAUUGCUUCCAGCGAAAUUAUUUAGACACUGACUGUGCUGAUAGUAGCACAGCUUCGAUGUAUGUAAACUAAAUGAGCAUUUUCAUAUGCUUAGUCUGGUGUACUAUUCAGAAUUAUACACUCAUUUGCUUUAAUCUUGUUUCAAAUUAAAGUGGAGAUACC